GCCGCACAUGACACCGUGAACCCCGGCGAUCCAGCUCGCUGGCUUCAGCCGGCAGACAUCCUCAAGAUAGACUUCGGUGUCCACGUUCAAGGGAACAUACUCGACAGCGCCUUCUCCGUCAGCUUCGAUCCCAUGCAUGAUGAGCUCAUGCGCACGGUGCAGGAAGCCACGGAGACUGGGAUCAGGAAUGCAGGCCCGGAUGCCUGGAUUUCGGAGAUCAGCAGCCAGAUCCGCGAGGUGAUGGAGUCAGGGGAGGUGCAUCGCCCCGACGGUAAGGUCUUUCGAGUCAAGGUCAUCAAGAACUUGACGGGCCACUUAAUCGGACCCUACAAAAUCCACGCCGGCAAGUCUCUCCCAUCCGUGAACACCGGUGGCAGG